AUGGACCUGUUCCCACACUUGAUCAUCAAACAACUGCUAUCAUAUGAUGAACUUAGUAAUCUUGAUAAGAUAUGCUUCGUGUUGACAUGUAGAUCAUUGUACAAUGCACGUGAUAAAUACUUGAGACUAGAGUCCAACAGUCGAAUGUUCAAGAAACACAACAUACAUCACUCUCAACGCACAUUGCCAAUGUAUCAAUCACGAAUUGGCCAUGUUGUCGACUACUUUGCCAACACCAACAACAAGUCAUUCAAAUUGAACUCAUUCCGCAGUGCGAUCGUCAAGUCACUGACGCAAGAGGCAGAGUAUGGCGCAGACGUUGACCAACACGCAGCCUCCAUCUACUCACUGAUGACCAAUGGAUGCGAGAGGAAGAUAGCCCCCACAGUGAACCAUCUCGACUUCUCAUUCUUCAAGGGCGACUUCAACAAGUUGGACGAGAAGGCGAUGCAGUGCAAGGCCACUCACAUCAUAUUUGGCUGCGAUCUGGCCCUGCCCCGAGACCUCUCUCGCUUCGGUCACAUCACUCAUCUCUUCUUGGUGCACAACUUCAAUCAUCCGGUGCUGGCGGGUGACAUACCCAACACAGUGACAUCACUCAAGUUUGGAAACAACUUCAAUCAUGUGUUGACGCCAGGUGUGUUGCCAAAGUCCAUUCGUCGACUAUCCUUUGGCUAUCAAUACAACCAACCACUGGCACGAGGCACGAUACCAGACAGGCUUGAAUGUCUAUCCUUUAGCGACCUGUUCAAUCAACCGAUCGAGGUGGGUGUGCUGCCCAUCACGCUCGUCGACCUGUCUUUCGGCUCCACCUUUGACCAAUCCCUCGCGCCCCGCUCUCUGCCACCCAAUCUCAAACACUUGAUACUGUCGGAGCGCUUCAGCGGACUUGGUGUGGGCACGCUGCCUUCAUCAUUGCUCAGUCUAAAGAUGAAUUUGAUACAAGGCCAACUCUUGUUGCCAGACUAUCUCCCCGCUCACAUGACUAGCCUCACAUUGACCGUGGGCCACAACAGCUGGAAUGGGCGACUUGAGCCCGGGGUGCUGCCAGCAUCACUCACAUACCUGGCGCUGUGGAACUUCCAGGAGCAGUUGGUCAAGGGCGUGUUGCCGCCCAAUCUCAAGAUAUUCAAGGCAACUGGAUACAAUGUCAAUUGUUGCUGCAGGGAGGUGGGCACGAUCCCCGACUCGGUUGAGGAGAUCGACCUGGCCUCAAACUCAUUCAUUGGCUUGCCCCUCGUGCCUGGAUAUCUGCCGCCACGUCUUCGAUCACUCAAGAUGACAGGACACGUCCCCACGUCAAUACCUGCGCACUUCUUCCCAUCGACGCUCCAAUCAAUCGAGUUCCCAUCUGGCUACAAUCAUGCACUGCCACCCAACGCAUUGCCACCAUCGGCAACAUACCUCAAACUGUCAGUCAGCUUUGAUAUUAUGAUGAGCCAAUGUCUGGUCAACUUGGCCAAGGGCUGCACGCUGGUGAUCGAGUCGUCCGAGCAGACCAAUCGCUUCACAAUACCAUUCCGAGAGAGAUUGGAUCGAUUCCUCUCGAAUGAGGCCAUUCACUUGGCCAACAAUAGUAUCAACGUCAUUGUAUUCAAUAGGAGUCUAGAGUUCACCAUCAGAUUCAUCAAUCAAUCUCACUGUCUUGUAUUAUGUGAUAUACUACAUGGUGGAAUCAUUCCAGUUGAUCAACUAACUGACAAGACAUUCAUACUCAAGUAUAUCUCUCCAACAUAUGAUUCAUUCGACAAAGUACUCGUCUCGUCCUUGGCCUAG